AUGACAGCUGAGGAUGCAUCUGACACUUUACCUGAUAGUGACGAUGAUGAGUCCUUCCGACACAGUAGCAGACGGCUGUCACCAACGCUGAGCCGCGCCUUCACGCUUACGCCACACGGGUUGGGCACGUUCGGGCUGCUGAUUUGCAUGUCGAUUCUCUUCUCCAUCCCAUACGCAACAGGCAGGCAGGCCUCCAGAAACUCGCUGCGAGCCGGCCGCUCUUGCCUCGGCAUAGUUGCGCUUUGUCGAUCUUUGUCGCCUCUCAGCUUGGGUCUCCGCAGCUCACGUGGUCACAUAGUCGUGUUGAUGGUGGUGUAA